ACAGACUCUGAGCAUUGUGUAUGCCUCUAUCCAGAAGGCACAGCACACCUCUGUUCCUGCACAUCUCUCCCUGUGUGUAACCCGCCGUGAUGUCACAAGGGUGUUGUCUAUGGCUUCUAGCAGGAUGAAGUGCUUUCUGCAGGCUGGAGAAUUGGAGAACACUUUGCCAGUAGCUGUAUAGAGGGGUCACUGGCUGCGCUUGGCUUCCCUCCUAUGCAGCAAGCUGCCUUUCGCUAGUGGGGAUGUAACCAUGUGUAGAAAGUGGAUUUAGAAACUGGAGAUCAUGUGGAACCCUGGCUAUUCAAACUCAGUCCCUCGUGUGGAAUAUCCGCUGUACCAGGUGUCGUGCAGCCACAACCAGAGGACGACGACAUUCACACACCCAGUGACGGGUGAGAUUUCUCCUGAGAAUGCAGAGUUCGAGCUACGGGACGAGUCCAUCAUGUCUCCGCAGCAGAUGAACCAAAGACCCUAUAGCAUGGUCAGUGAGGGGUCUUCAGCUGUGACCCCACCCACGGCAGAGGCCAGGCCCCCACCCAAGGCUCCUAAAUCUGGCAGCAGAGUGUACAGCUUUGGCAAGAGGGACCAGUCCAUCAAGAGGAACCCGGAUCUUCCGGUGCUGGUGCGAGGCUGGCUCCACAAACAGGACAGCUCAGGGAUGAAGCUAUGGAAGAGACGGUGGUUUCUGCUUUCUGACUAUUGUUUGUUCUACUACAAAGACAGCAGAGAGGAGUCCAUAUUGGGCAGCAUACCUCUUCCGGGUUACGUCAUCUCUCCCACAGCGCCCGAGGAUCGCAUAAACCGCAAGUAUCCCUUUAAGGCUGUACACAGCGGGAUGCGUGUCUACAUUCAGCAGAAGGGCUCCCAGCGGGAACAUUCUGGGAUGAGAACAUACUACUUCAGCGCUGACACGCAGGAGGACAUGAACGGCUGGAUCCGAGUGAUGAACCAGGCUGCCCUCAUCCAAACCGCCCCUGAGAGAACGAGGGGGACUGAUGACCUGGAAUGGCCGUCGGCUCCUGAGAAUAACCACAUUGACGCUUUCAAAGAAUAUGCAAAACCUGAAAUGGCCCCGAUAAGAACCAGUUAUCAGAUAUCUAAGGAGCCAGAGGAGCGGAGUCGAGAUUUGGGGGAUAAAGAGCGAUAUCGAGAUGUGGGAGACGAAGAACACCAACGGAAUGCAUUAGUCAAGGAACGCUACUGGGAUGCUGGGGACAAGGAGCACUACCGGGAUGUGGGGGACAAGGAGCGAUAUCGGGAUGCAGGGGAGAUGGGGCAUGUGCAGAAUAUGGGGGACAAGGAACACUACCGGGAUGUGGGGGACAAGGAGCGUUAUCGGGAUGCAGGGGAGAUGGGGCAUGUGCAGAAUAUGGGGGACAAGGAGCUCUACCGGGAUGUGGGGAACAAGGAGCGUGUCCAGAAUGUGGUGGACAAGGAGCACUACCGGGAUGUGGGGAACAAGGAGCGUGUCCAGAAUGUGGUGGACAAGGAGCACUACCGGGAUGUGGAGGACAAGGAGCGCUACCGGGACACAGGAGACGAGGAGCGCUACCGGGACACAGGGGACAAGGAAUGCUACCGGGACACAGGGGACAAGGAGCGGUACCGUGACACAGGGGACAAGGAGCACUACCGGGACAUAGGGGACAAGGAGCGCUACCGGGACACAGGGGACAAGGAGCGCUACCGGGACACAGGGGACAAGGAGCGCUACCGGGACACAGGGGACAAGGAGCGCUACCGGGACACAGGGGACAAGGAGCGCUACCGGGACACAGGGGACAAGGAGCGCUACCGGGACACAGGGGACAAACCGCUCUACCUGGAUGUAGGGAACAAGGAGCGGUACCGGGAUAUGGGGGGAAAGGAGAGCUAUAGGGAUGUGGGAGACAAAGAGCGGUUCCGGGAUACUGGUGACCGAGAUCGGAAACGUGAUGCUGGGGACAAGCUGCACUACCAGGAUGUAGAAGAUCAAGGACGCUCUCGAGAUCUGGGAGACCGGGAUAGUUACAUUACUCACAAAAACACCUUAAAUUCCAAUGGAGGAAAAGCCACACCUUACUUUAUCCCCAAUGACAGACGGUCGGCUUUCACUGAUUUCUCCAGGACAUAUCGAACCCCAGCUGCACAGACACUUCAACCUCAGAACACUGAGAGGAACGGGACCUUACCGGCCUCGUUCCGCGUCAGUACCGGUCCCACCCAGCAGAAUGGGACAGACACGUAUAAGAGAAGAUUUGCUUCAGGUGCCAGUUCAGAGAAGCAAGUGCAGAGGAAAAGCGUUUUGGGCCAAGUGGAGCACUGGGUAAAGGUGCAGAAAGGAGAUGGUAAAAGUAUUGGUCUGGACCACCCUGUGCCUCUCGCUGAGAGAUACCAAACUGUGCCAAAGACCAGCAGACAUCCUUCCGGCGGCUCCCCUCCACCCAGCCGGAACUUGCCAAGUGAUUAUAAAUAUGCACAGGACCGAGUUAGCCACUUUAAAAUGUCCAACCAGGAGCGCAAGGCCACCAAGGAAGGGACCGUGUGGCAGCUGUACGAAUGGCAACAGAGACAGCAGUUUAAGCAUGGCAGCCCCACUGGGCAGAUUUACAUGGGGACAAUGGAUGCCGCAGACCGCAUCAGGGCGAAGAGCUUAUUAGAUGUCCCAAGAUCCAUUUCUGUUCCUCCUUCUCCAUCUGACAUCCCACCUCCAGCACCUGCAAAAGCAUUUCCUCCAAGAAGACCCCACACUCCGUCAGAAAGACUCACCGUCCGGCCGGCGGAUGGACAUUUCGAUGUCCCCUACGUUGGGUCACCACAGAAGACUCGAGUCUAUGCUGUGAAGUCCGCAGCCCACAUGGAUCGCCGGUCUAUGCCAUCCAUGGGGUACAUGACUCACACUGUAAGUGCUCCCAGUUUGCAUGGCAAGUCGGCGGAUGAUACGUACAUGCAGCUAAAGAAGGAUCUGGAGUACUUGGAUCUUAAGAUAAAGUAUAAUGAACCUCUGAUCAACUUGGUUCACAGUGUUUUAAGGAACUCUACACCAGGGUAUCGAACAAGCAUAAACGUUACGGGACGAGAGUCUCUGAGGGAUCGCUCUUCAAAGCCGGUCAGGAUUGCCGAAAGCGACGUUGAUGUGAAGCUCAGCGUCCUGUGUGAGCAGGACCGGAUCCUGCAAGAUUUAGAGGACAAGAUCCGGGCUCUGAAGGACAAUAAAGACAAGCUGGAAACGGUCCUGGAGGUUUUGCACCGACAGAUGGAUCAGUACAAGGAGCAGCCGCAACACACAGAGAAAAUCUCCUAUCAGCAGCGCCUCUUGCAGGAGGAUUUAGUGCAGAUCCGAGCUGAAAUGUCCAAAGUGUCCACUGAUAUGGAGAAUGCGUGGAACGAAUAUGUGCGGCUGGAGAGUGAUGUUGCCCAACUGAAACACAUGUUACAGGAACAAAUGCACAGAUCUCCCUCAUCUCAGGACAGGGCUCAGCUACAGAAGGAUCUGUGGAGAAUUGAAGAUGUCACCGCCGGUCUCAGCUCUAAUAAACUGAACUAUAAAGUGCUUGUGGAAUCGUUCAAGAAUCCAGAAAGAAAAACCGUGCCUUUGGUUCCUUCCUCAUUUGUGCCUUCUGGUAGCACGGCAUUUACAUCGGUUCGCGGUAAAUCUGCAUCGCCCCAGAACCCGCCAAGCCUUGUGAAACAGACACUAGGGAUGGGCUUAUACCCCCAGACCUACACACAGGGCAGAUCUAACUCCCAGCCACAGCUGUUACAGAAACCAGUCCCGACCAGAGCACCAACACCACCAAAGCUUGAAGAGGGCGCUCCUCCACGCCCGCCUCUACCAGACAUGUACAGUCCUGAAGACGUAAGCCCUCCACCGAAUAUCCCGCCCCCACCUACGCUGCCUCCGCCUCAGAGAGAAUCGUCAGUGGUCAGGCACACCUCGGUGCGGGGCUUGAAGAGACAGUCGGAUGAGAGGAAGAGAGAUCGGGAGCUGGGGCAGGGUGUAAAUGGAGACUACAGGGUAGAGCUGCGGACGUAUGUGAGCGAUCCGGAACUCGCUAAUCUGGGCGACUCCAUCCCCCCAUCCUCUGGCUUCCUGGGCUCGGACUCUGGCUACCAGACAUUGCCUACUAGAGGUUUAUCUGGAUCGACAUCCAGGCUUCCUCAGUCUUCAUCUGUCGCAUCAUACGUCACGCUGCGGAGGGGCUUCGCCACCGACGCUUCUAAGGACAGACCAAAAAGUGCCUUUGAGCGCCUUUACGCCGGCGACAACCAAAGAGUUAAAAUGAGCGCAGAAGAACAACUCCAGCGCAUGAAACGGCAUCAAAAAGCCUUAGUCCGCGAACGCAAGAGGACUCUCAGCCAAGGAGAGAAACAGUCCGUCACGAACCGACCCGCCUCCCGGCCCAUGUCCGCGGACAUCAGCUCAUGGAAACGAGAGCAGGAGUUUGAUUUCCAGCUGCUGGAGAGGGCCGCUCGCGAUGCAGAGGACCGAGAGAGGGAAGAUAAUGAUUGGGUACACGCUAAGGCCAUACAUGUCACGGAGCUAGAUUUGGAACCACAGGACUAUGAUAUGGACAUCAGUAAGGAGUUAUCGACCCCAGACAAGGUGGAGAUUCCGGAGAGGUACAUCGAGAUGGAUCCUGAGGAGCCGCUCAGCAGAGAGGAGCUGGAUGCCCGCUACAGAAAAGUAGAGAAGAUAAAAAAUAUUCUUGCGCGUUCCAGUGUACACAACCUGCAGCCGGCACCGGAGGAGCUGGGGCCCGCAGAUCUCGGAGUCCAGAUGCAAGAACAGGAGAGGAUGAUCACCAUAUCGUACGCCCUGGCGUCUGAGGCCUCACAGCGCAGCAAGCAGGUGGCAGCUGGACAGCUGGUCUCACAGUGUAACUCACCCCGUCUCCCCGCACUAAAGGCACCUGUCCCCCAAUUAAGCAACGGAUUAUACUACACAAUUGUCUGAGCGUCUGGAACCCCACGCUGUAAAUGACCAUUAAUCCUGGGAAGAUGAUGCUGAACAUUGAGAAGACGCCUUUUACAGAUAGUGUUGCCCGGUUACCUGAUUUUCGCCUUAGAAGGAAUUGUGCGCAGAAACCAACCAACCAGCAAGCUCCGCCUGCUGCGUCUAACAUCGGACUGGAAUUUGUGGCUACUGCAGGCCCAACAGUCUGGUUUCCUGAAGUGUAUGUGUAAAUAUAUUUAUACAAUGGUGGCAACAAGACAAUGCUGUAAUCAGAAGAACCACUUGGACGCUGUUCGCUAAUACUCCCUAUUCAUCCACUUUUCCCACACAUGAAUGCAGUGAGAAAGGAUGAUAAAAUCUAGGUGAUUCGCAUACGUUAGUAUCUGGUACUUAUCGGGGAUAUCAUUAUAAACUAUCUCUGGAUUCCGACUUGUAGAGGAGCAAAAGUCCGGCAGGUCCUCUAACGUCCGUGGUUUUUUUGCUGCUGGAUUUUCAUCACUCUGCCGUCGGGUCCGAGGGAGAACUGAUGUCUACAGACAUUUUAUCAAGAGACCGUUGCUCACCCUGUCUCUCAAUCCCGAUUACUGUGUAACCAGCAGCUGCGGCCGAUCUUUUAAUAUUCACUGUUUUUUGUUUUUGAAAUUUUUUUUUUUGAACAAGCCAGAUCUGUAACACUGAUAUAGAUAUCAGCCAUCUUCAGGGGAUGGUAAGGUGUAGACCAGCACUGAAAAUUUUAAUAUUUUAUUUUUUCCCGACAGAUAUUGAACUGUAAUCAAAUAUUUAUAGUCCGUAACACUGUUUUUAUACUAAAACUGCGAGUCUGGUUUGAGUCUCCGAAAGAGGGUUCGCAGUCCAAGCAAGAGGUCAGAUUGAAGGAAUGUUUUAUGCAGGGAUAAUCUACCUGUAACUAGUGCAGCGAGUUCGCCAGCACUGAACACCUUAAGGCAAGUACGUUGUUAUAAGGAGGGAAAAAUGUUUUUUUUUUUUUUU